AUGAAGUAUCCACGAAGGAAGUUGUUCACUAAAUGCGCUUCCGAUUAUGAUUUUUCUUGUCACAAGGACAGCGCUCGUCCCUUGGACGCGGUUGCCAUAAUGAAAGAAAAGAGCAAGAAUGCUGCUCGUUCACGACGUGAGAAAGAGAACGCAGAGUUUUUAGAACUUGCCAAGCUCCUCCCACUGCCGUCCGCGAUCACGUCACAACUGGAUAAGGCAUCCGUGAUACGGCUGACGACCAGUUACUUGAAAAUGCGACAGGUUUUUCCUGAUGGUUUAGGAGACGCGUGGGGAGCAGCACCUCCCCCUCCUCAGCCCCGGGAGCUUUCCAUACGAGAGUUGGGCUCCCAUCUUCUGCAGACCCUGGAUGGCUUCAUAUUUGUCGUCUCCCCUGAUGGCAAGAUCAUGUAUAUUAGUGAAACAGCUUCGGUACAUCUUGGUUUGAGUCAAGUAGAGUUAACGGGGAACUCGAUAUACGAGUACAUACACCAAUCAGACCACGAGGAGAUGACGGCAGUACUCAGUCUUCAGCACCCUCAUUCGUACCAACCACAUCAGUAUCCCAGUCUUGGGUACCCAGUGGGUGGCACGUGGGGUCCGACAGUGGACAUUGAGUGUGAAAGAGCAUUCUUCAUCCGAAUGAAAUGUGUACUCGCAAAACGAAACGCUGGACUCACAACUUCAGGGUACAAAGUAAUACACUGUUCAGGGUACCUCCGAGCGCGGCGGUUCGGUGAAGGAUGGGCACCGCUCGGCCUCAUCGCAGUCGGACACUCACUACCGCCAUCUGCCGUCACAGAACUGAAACUACACUCCAAUAUGUUCAUGUUCAGAGCCUCUUUAGACAUGCGCCUUAUAUUCUUAGAUGCAAGGGUGGCGUCGUUAACAGGGUAUGAACCUCAGGACCUGAUUGAGAAGACGCUGUAUCAUUACAUACAUGGAACUGAUGUAUUACAUAUGAGGCAUUCACACUGUACACUGCUAACAAAAGGUCAAGUGACGUCCAGGUACUACCGUUUUCUCACAAAAAGCGGAGGCUGGGUGUGGAUGCAGAGCUACGCGACCAUCGUGCACAAUUCCAGGUCUUCACGGCCGCACUGUAUCGUGUCCGUCAACUACGUACUUAGUGACAUAGAAGAGAAGCAUCUAAUACUAAACAUCAGCCAAGGUACACCAAAGCACGCCCCUGUGGAGUGUCCCACGCCGUCCCACGUCCCCACAACUACCACAUCGCCACAAAUGCCACAUGUGAGACAUCCAGAAAAAAUUCCAGUUCCUGUCGCUGAGAGCGAGUACAGCGACUCAAGUGGGGGGUACAAUUACCCAGAAUACAUCCCAUUAAUACCCCCAUACGAGACACAAGAAGAAUACCAACAGCAAAACGGCUCAUAUCAGGAAAUAUUCUAUGAAAAUUACACAGAUACAGGGGAAAUAUUACCUAACUAUGUGAGUUUUCCACAAAACCAACGGCCAUUUUCCGCUAGCUCCUCAUCAUGCAGCUCAAUAGAAGGUUCAGAGAUACCAAAUCAGUACAACUAUACAAAUUUAAUAUCAUUUUACCAUAAUCAGAAUCAGAAUGGGAGGCCGGUUGGGGAGAAUUUUGGGGGGUCUUUUGGGAAGAUCACGCCGAGUCCGACUGUGCAAGAGGGGGGAUACACAAGUGUGAUAGUGGAUAAUACGCAACAGUUCCACCACCAUGGAGGGGGAGUGAAUGAGUUUGUGCAUUGA